AUGGAAAAAGUAGUUGUGGAAGACACGGCAAUGCCCAUGUCAAACCGCCACCACCACACUGCUGAUGACGAUAACGACGCCAUCAUGAACGUGACGGAGACGACUCCAAUUUUGUCGACUGCAACAACAAGCACUGUUACGUUUACACCGCUGUUUCGAUUGACCGCAUUGGCAUGGUGUUCCACGAUUUCCUUUGCGCUGUUUGCGUUGUUUCAGUACGUAUUGCCGGCUAUAACAAGCACCAUAAGAAACGACGGCAACUAUCAACAGCGCUGGGAACAGACCGACCCUGGAUUGUACCGUAGUGGUAAAACUAGUACUGCCAACGGGUUGAUGGUGGUCCACAUGAUGGGUGGCAUCUUCCUCAUGUUGGCAGGGCCGAUCCAGCUCAUCCCGUGGAUGCGAAAGAACAAGCGCUUGCAGUAUCAUCGUUGGAUCGGACGGGUCUAUCUGCUGGCCGCCUUGACGGCGAGUUGCGGCGCCACAACGUUUGUCUUGUUGUUUCGAACAUCGCGAUUAUGGAUCCAUGAAGAUAUUCAAAAUGUCUUGUUUGGACUGGCCGUCAUUGCUUGCAGCCUGCAAUCGUACCGAUACAUUGCCAUACCAUCGCAGAAAGAUAUACAACUACACAAGUUCUGGAGCUGGAGCCUGGUUGGAUUUAUCUUCACCGGGGCACCCUUGUAUCGCAUUUGUUCCUGGCCCAUUUAUAUCUUGGCCACGAACGUGUUACCACCCGUGGGAAACAUCACUCCUCAUCCCAUCAUCAGCGCUUCCUUCUACUGCAUCUUUCUGCCGCUCAUCCUCUCUAUGAUAUUAUACAAGUAUCGUCACAACCAUCAUCAAUCAUGGAAACCUGACACGGGAGUCUUGAAUGGAGCGCUGGCAAUGCUGCUGGUGUUGUGGUUGCCCCUGUUGAUGUUCACGUGGAUACCCGCCAUAUUCGACCGACCCACGACCAAUGCAACCACGGAAAUGAAAAUCGAUGCAUAA